CUGCAAACCCCUCCUCCGAUUCCUCCCCCGCACGCGGAAGCCCCCCGCAGCUCUUCGUCCCCGGAGGACCAAGACCACCACCGGAGAUGUCGUACGCCUACCUCUUCAAGUACAUCAUCAUCGGCGACACAGGCGUCGGUAAGUCGUGCCUGCUGCUGCAGUUCACCGACAAGCGCUUCCAGCCCGUCCACGACCUCACCAUCGGCGUCGAGUUCGGGGCCCGGAUGAUCAACAUCGACAACAAGCCCAUCAAGCUCCAGAUUUGGGAUACGGCUGGUCAAGAGUCAUUCAGAUCCAUAACUAGAUCAUACUACAGAGGAGCUGCUGGUGCUCUUUUGGUCUAUGAUAUCACUAGGAGGGAGACUUUCAAUCACCUUGCAAGCUGGCUGGAGGAUGCAAGGCAGCACGCGAAUGCUAACAUGACGAUAAUGCUUGUUGGGAAUAAGUGUGAUCUGUCUCACAGGCGUGCAGUGAGCUAUGAGGAAGGCGAGCAGUUCGCAAAGGAACAUGGUCUUAUCUUCAUGGAGGCCUCUGCAAAGACCGCGCAGAAUGUCGAGGAGGCAUUUGUUAAGACUGCUGGAGCAAUCUACAAGAAAAUCCAAGAUGGCGUUUUCGAUGUAUCUAAUGAGUCUUAUGGGAUCAAAGUUGGAUAUGUAGUCCCUGGCCAAUCUGGAGGUGCUGGUAGCUCUUCUCAAGGUGGUGGCUGCUGCAGCUAAUCUGCUAACGCCCUUAUGUACAAAGGCAUAUCUGCGGUGUAGCUGCGUUAUCUCUAUGUUGCUGAGCGUAAAAUAGUUACUGCUCCAGGGUGCUUUGUUAUUUGAUGCACCAACGGGUGGCAGUGCCUGAACGAUUUGAGACAUUCAGUUUUAUUUAUGUCAGGUGUUCAUAAACAUUCUGUAAAUCACUAGAUUCUUCACCGUCAUUCGUCAUUAAGCGCUCACAAAUUCUGUCCGUUUGCGCGUGUAAAUAAGAUACCUCGAUGCAUCGUUUGGUGCGA